AUGCCUCAAAGAUUUGUGAAGCGCUCUCCAAAUGUGCGUGGCAUCCUGGACUGCACAGAAGUUGCUUUAGAGGGGGCAUCAUCACUAACUUUACAGUCUGAAACCUUCUCUGCGUACAAGAACCGCACCACUCUGAAAGGGCUGAUCGGAGUUGCUCCCAAUGGGUUGGUGACGUUUAUAUCACAGCUGUACACUGGCUGCAUCUCCGACAAAGAGAUCACUAAAAUCAGUGGAAUUCUUCCGCUGCUGGAGCCAGGAGAUGAAGUCAUGGCAGAUAAGGGCUUCCUCAUUCAAGACCUCCUUGAUGAAGUUGGGGCCAAACUCACAAUGCCACCUUUUCGACAUCCUGGUCAGUUUAGCAAGAGAGAGACUGAGGAGACCCAAGCCAUUGCUCGUCUGAGAAUUAUUGUCGAACAGGCAAUAGCCAGAAUCGAGCACUACCACAUCUGGGAUUCUCCUGUGCCACUCACUUUAAUAGGAACCGUCAAUCAGAUCUGGCACAACUGUUGUUUUGGCUAA